GCGGCGGCAGCGCCGGUGCGGGGCAGCGCUGGGCCCCGCGGCCGCCGCCGCUGCCAUGAGCGCCCCGCAGCCCCGACUUCUUGAAACCUAUAACAGUCUUACAGACAAACACCUGGUUGGAUAUUUCAGCAAUGCCAGGAUAAGACGACAUCUUCAGAAAUCAGGACUGAUCUCAAGGAGCGGAAGAAUAAUACCUGAGAAGGAAUACCGUCUCAAUGCUAUGAGAAGGGACCACCAGAGAUACGUCCAGGAGUGCUUGGCCGAUGCCAUAUUUCAUAAGGUCCUUGACACGGAGCAUCAUCAUCAGCUGGGGAUAAAAAGGAGACUUGGUUAUUCUGCGAGGAAAGAGAUGAUGCAGCCAGUCAAGAUGGAGCAAUUAAUGGGAGAAGUCACCCAUAUGUACUCCCCACAUCCCCCAGUCGCUCCGAGGAACCACCAUGCGCUCUGUCCUUUGGUGUCUGGAGAACGCACUGGCCGCUCACAAAGGAGGGCAGCUAGACUUGGAGUUGAUUUUGGUGGUGGACAUUAUUCUCAUUAUCAGCGGACCAAGGAUCCUGCCUGCUGUAAGGUGAGUUCCUGUCGACCAAAUACAGCUCCAGGAGAUAUACAGCAGCCCCCUCGCCUCCAGCCCCUUCUUGGCUGGGCUGCAGCAGGGUCUGUACCAAAGGUUUCCAAACAGAAAUGCCAUGCACUGGAACAUUAUCAGCAGUUUGCCUGUGGGGGUGGGAGGAGUGAGUUACAGUUUAGGAAUCCAAUGGAGUACAUGGCUGGUGUGUCACCGUAUCAGCUCCCUGUCAUCAAGCGUCGUCUUCGUGGUCGUUGUGUGGUGCCAGUGCCACCGCCCCGCCCGCACAUAGGGGACAGGUGUAUCCCUGGAAUCAGGCGUGGGCUGCCUGUGGAGAGAUGGUUUCAUCCCACCACUGGAUUCAAUGAACAGUUUUUGAUCAAUAAUACCAAUGGGUUCCCCAAGUCCCCAUUAUGCAGCAACGCCCUCGUCACCAUGAUCUACCUAGGAAAGAGUAAGCAUGUGUCUCUCCGUGACUGGAAGGAUGAAAUCAAAGUCUAUCAGCAGUACUGUGGAACAGAGAACAUUUGUGUCUAUAAAGGCGACCUGUUGGAAGGAGACACCUUCCAGUUCAUCUCCAAGAGGUAUCUCGGUUUCCCGUUCAGCCUCACCUUUUUCCUCAACGGGCUCCAAGUUGACAGGCUGAGCUGUUGCUGUGAGUACAAAGGCUUCCAGUGCAAGAGGCCUUCCCGGCUGCGACGCAAAAACACCUACUUCAGGGUGCUCCAUGUGGCAGGAGCACCUCCCUGCUACAGGUGCUUUCUUGCGAUGGGUCUGGACAAAAAGCUGUUCCCUCCCAAGAGGAAGAGUAGGUACGACAAGAGGCAGCAAAUGUGUUCCUGUUCUCCUUACUGUGCGCACAGCCAGCCGUGUGACAGCAGCAUGGUGCAGAAAUCACUGACAGACUCAAUGUCAGUCACCAUACCGAGUCAUGAAGUAAGUGUGGAAGCUACUGAGGAAACACUGGAGACUGAAGAGGAGUCCAGCGAAGAAGAAAUGGAAGACCAGUCUAAUCAGGAGACUGAAGACAGUCAGGAGGACACCAGUGAAAAUGAAUAUGAUGAAGAUUUUGAAGCGGAUGAAGAAGUUAAUGAAAAGGGAAAGACUGGUGAUCAAAUGAAUGGAAUGUCAGAGUCAUCCUCAGAUGAUAAAAACCAUAAUUUAGACUAUGGAAAGGAGAGUGAAACCUCAUCUCAGAAGUCACUGCAGUCCUCUGGCAGUGAUAAAGAUGAAAGUGACGGAUAUUCUGAUGACAAGGACUCUGAAGAUUAUAUACAAGAGAGGAGGCCUGCAGACUCUCUCUCAUCCAUGAGAACUCAGUGCAGCACUGAGACUGACUCUCAUGCUGAAAUGAUGGCAGACAAUGUGAAUGGCAAAGAGGACUGCAAUAUCAAAAGUACAUCUGAUAGUGCAGCACAUGCACACUAUGGAAAUGAGAAUGGAGAGAAGAAACUGCUCAGAGUGGAGGAAAAUCAGGAGAAUUCUGUGCUGGAAAAAAAAGGAAUAGAUGAAGCAGAAAAGACAAAACCAGAAGAUCUAACAGCAAGGGAAGAUACUAGAAUUUUUAAUGAAAACAUAAUGGCAAUGCAGCAUCAAAAUCCUGAGGUUAAUGGGGAAUUCAAACAGACUGGGUCAGGAGAAAGUAACAUGAAUGAGGAGGAGAAAUGCCCUCCAGUGCCUUGGGAAAGCAGGGUAUUGAACAUGGAGGAUGGCAGUGAAGAGGCUCCUUGGAGUGAGGAAGGAGUUGUUUUUGACGAUAGCAAACCAGUCCAGAAGGAAACAGCAAAAGCAACCGGAAAUGAUCAUCCUGUGAAUUCUGACCCUGAGCCUGGUGAUUUGUGUGCCAAUGAGGAAGAAAAGAACGCAGCAAAUACAGAGCAUGGUGCCAGUGGAGCACCAGAUGGAGGUUUCCUGGCAGAAGGGAGGAGAAGCCCUGAUGUGCAGGAGGCAGCAGGACAGGCGGCACGAGAAGGGGCGGUGACAGGGCCGGGACAAGCCCUGGAGCAGGACGGUGCUGCCGAGGGAGAGGCUGGUGGCGGAGAGGCCGCGGGAGAAGCUGCACGGGCGGGGGAUUCGCUGCCCCAGGCAGGCGCGGGGGCUGCGCUGCAGGAAUCCGCACCUGGGGAAGGCGCCGUGGCAGAGGAGCAUCCCAAAGAAAAGGGAACAGGGGAGGCAGUACAGCUGGGCACAGAGGUGUCACCUGGGGAGCAGGAGGUGCUGGUGGAGGGGAUGGAGAGAGAGGUGGCACUGGGAAAGCCGGCAGCUGGGGGACAGGGGCCAGCUGGGGCACUGCCAGGAUGGCAGGCAGACAGAGCCGUGCCCCAGGGGCAGGAGGGGGCUGGGGGCACCACUGAGGAGGAGGCUGCAGAGGAAGGCUUCAAAGCAGCAGGGCCGCCAGCAGAGGAGGGGGGUGAACCAGAGUCCGAGGCAGGGGAGUCCCUGGGGCAGGGAGGGUCUGCAGGGAAGGACACGAUGGUGGGUGCUGUGUCAGAGGGAGAGGAGGCUGUGGAGGAUGCUGAUGUGGCAGCAGACGGGAAUGCCGGAGCUGUCGGCCCUGAAGGAGAAAAGGCUGUUGAAGAAGACAUUUCUGAAGGGGAGGAGGCUAUGGGGAAGCCUGGGGCUCUCUGGGAAGCACCAGGGGAUAUGGAAACAGGAGCAGCAAUGUCUGGAGGGGAAGGGUUUGUAAAGCCAAGUGAGUUUUCCCAGCUGAAAGUGUCAGGGGAAGAGUGGAUGGAGAUGGGGAAAGCUGUCGCAGGAGCAGCAGUAGCACUUGAGCAUGCUCAGGCUCUCCAGAGAGUGGAGCACACGAUGGAAGAGUUUGUGGAGCCUGACAAGGGUCCUGUACUGGAAGUGGCACCGGGGUUAGGGGCACAGGGGGGUGCUCGGGCGGAUCCUGUCACUGAAGGGUCAUCACAGGUGGAGGAGACGCCGGCAGCGCAGGAGCAGGAGGGUGCAGCAGAAGCACUUUGGAGUAGAAACCCGUCUGAGGACAGCAAAGCAGAGACAGAGAGAGCAGUGGAAGGAAACCCCGAAGGACAGGCGGUGGGAGGGUCUGCAAGGGAGGCCGGAGCGGGCUCGGGGGAUGAAGAGGAAGCCACAGAUGGAGCAGGUUCAAAGGAGCCGGCAGCUGGGACAGAGAGGGGGCUGAGGUGUGGACAAGCGAGAGGGAAGGAGAGGUCUCCCGGGGAGGGGGUGGUGGGCGAGGCGGCGCUGCCGCCCCCGGGGCGAUGCGGGACCCGGGCGGGCGAGCCCGGGCUGGUGGCCAUCGCUGUGCUGGGCGGCCAGACCGGGCGAGGAGCCCUGCCCGGGGGGCCGGCAGGGGCCGGGGCCGGCGGGGUGGGCACAGGAGCGAUGGCACAGGAGGGGGUGACAGGAGCAGUGCUGGGGGCACAAAGCAGGACAGGGGCGGCAGUGGCAGAGGAGGUGUCAGCCACGGGGAGGGCGGCGAUCGGGGAGGCCGGGAGGGCCGGGGAAGGUCUGGCCGAUGCACCUGUGGCUGCUGAGCGAGCGGUGAAGCAGGAGGCAGCAGGAGGGUGCGAGGGGCGGGGGGCGAUGCCGGCGGGAGCCCAGGGCCGGCCGGAGGCGGAGCGGGAGCCGGGCGCGGUGCGGGUCGGGUCCCCAGGGCACCGAGCAAUGCCGGGGGCACAGCCGGCUGCAGAGACCGGCCCGGGCACCCCUGCCCGUGGGGACGGGGGAGCGGCACCGAGGGGGAGAGGAGGGUCCGCAGGAGGCGAGGGGCUGUGCCUGGGCACCCAGCCACAGCUGGCAGCUCCCGAGACAGGGACAGCGCGGGGCAAGGGCGGGCGGCAGGAGGAGGGGAUGGAGCAGGCAGCAGUGAAAGCCGAGGGGGAACAGCCGAGUCCCUGUGAAAACACGAGCGAGGGCGAGGUGUCGGGUGCCUCGGCGAGUGCAGGGGCCGCUGCGGGAGCCGGGGAGCCGAGGAAGGACAGUCCCGUCGGAGAGAGCCCAGGUGUCCUGGCAGCCGCUGCCGUGGGCGAGAGUUCCCGUCAGGUGAGUCCUGCGUGGGUCACUGCCCCCAGCAGCCCCCAGGCUGAUUCCUAUCGGAGACAGGGAAUGCACCACCUCGUCCCAUUCCUUAUCCAUUCCUUAAAUGUCUGCUGA